AUGUCUUCGGACCCACCUGUUCCGGCAACAUCUUUGGAUUCUGGUCAGACCUCUUCAAUACCAACCAUGUCCACUCCUACCGCCCGUUCGAGGUCUUUAAGAGUACGCCCCUCGGAUCCCGGACCUCCUGUUCAGAAUGUCUCUCCCAUAGCUCUAGCCCUUAAGCUCCCGGUGCCUUCAGCUUUCCGUGAGCCCACACCGAAAGAACUAAACAGUAUUUCACGAAGGCUCGGAGAAGAUACUAUCCGCGCGAAAAGGGAAGAAUUGGUCGCUGAGAAAGAGCAGAAGUUGAAGCAAGUGAUAGAUUCUCACGAUGAUGCCAUCAGGGAGAAGUUUCAUCUGGAAAGAUUCGUUACCAUGAUAACAGGCUGGGAUCCAAAGUCGGCAAAAGUUGACAAUUCUCCAGUCUUCGUUGAGUGGAGGGACAACAAACACAACCUGCUUUCUUUGCUUCCACCCUCUUCGUCUAUACCAAGCCCAUCAUCGCAAGCUGGACCUUCGCGACCGCGUACCUCCCUUCCAGCCAGAACGACUCGUCGAGCAGCUCACGAACAAUCAGAAAUCCUCGCUCAAGUCGUUACUCCUGUCACAACCUCUGCUCCCGCUAACGGUCAUAUCACAUCUAUCAAGGGGAAGGGCAAGGCGGUCGAGCCUUUACCUGAAGCGUCGCCUGCGAAUGGGAGCAGUAGAGUAAAGCGCAGAAAUAGCGAAUAUGUGAUGGAACAUGCUGAGUCUCUGGAAGAAACCCCUGUUAAAGGUAAACCAGGUCGCAAAAAGCGAGAAUCGGUCAUCAUCACGGAAAUGCCACCGCCUCCUGUACCAGUAAACAAAGGUAAAACAUCUAGACGGACCACAAUGGGGGUGUCUAUAAAUGAGGUGGCAGGAAAUGGGGAAGUGAAUGAGGAAAUGCAGGAUACAAUCGAUAUAAAAGGCAAAAAACGUGGAAGAAUGUCGUUGCCGAAUCUUCCAGCUGCAAAGAAAACCAGAGGAUCUAAAGUAAUCGAAGAGCCCGAUCCCGAACCCGAACCUAGUCCCUCACCAGUGAUUGAAGCCCCUCGUGAAUCUUCGCAUAUUUCUGCAACACCCGUCCCCCUACCCUCAUUGUCUCACUUACCCUUCCCACCGCCACCACGACGUUCACAUGAAAAACUCAUCGGUGCGAAGAAGAUACGCUACACUGAUCCAACUCAGAAACCACCGGCUUCCCCUAAACAUGGUGGACACGUUUCACCAAUACUAGAAUCGUAUAUAAAUAUCGAAGACAAUGGACCUUCAUUGGAUUUGAAGAUACUUGAGUCCCGUGCAAAUCGUGAUGGAUAUUUCAGAGCGAGAGUACUGUAUCUCCAAUCGCAAGGGAGAUUACAACGGCUACUAGAUGAGAUUGAGGAUCCUUUAAUUACGAGAAACACAAAUCACAAAACACAACCAAAGAACUUUGUGAGGAAAACAGAUUUUCAAGAUUCAUUGAUGGCGCAUAUGGUUCAGGUGAGAAAUGCCAUGCUCAAUGAAGCGAAAAUGAAACCAGUGGUGUGUAAAAGGAUGGCGAGGAUGAUACAAACUUACUGGGAGAGAAUUGAAGGUAGAGAAGAACGAGAAAAGCUAGCUGAGGAGAAGGAGAGGAAGAGAUUAGGAAAAGAAUUGGUCAAAGGCUUGAGGAAGAGAUGGGCUUUAGCUGUCAAGAUUGUUCGAGCGAAGUUACUUGAACUUCAGAAAAUCGAACAAGAUCGACUGGGUAAAGAACAUCUCCAAAACAUCCUACAGCGAAGUACGGGACUACUGGAAGCUCAAGUUGCUGGUCAAGAUGAAGAAGACAGUCAAAAUGAUUCAGAGGCUACGGACGAUGUCUCAUCUGCUGAUAACAGUGAUGAAGUCGUCGAAGAGGAGCAGGAAGAUUUCGAUGAGGAGACGGAGAGGGUAGAAGAGCUCGAUCUGGCUUCUUCUGUACCGCCUGACCCCGUUGCUGGAAGUGAAGAUAUACUGGAGCCACAAGGGGACGGUAAAGACGAAAAGGAGGAAGAACGCGAGGACGAGGACGAGGACGAGGACGAGGACGGCAAUGAUGAUGAUGAUGUCGUCGAUAGUGCACGUGAAGUCGAUUUAUCGUUCCUCGUCGCGGAUGAUGUGGACGUAAAUCAAGGCUCGGAAACAGGAGUGAAGCAGGUGGUCGCGAUAACGGAGAGGUCAGCACCAGUCCUUGGCAUGAAUGGACAACUCGCAUUUCGUCCAACAGAUACAGCUAUCCUUGAAGUACCGAGGGUAGGCGGUAUCACCGCCUUUACCAGUCCUGCUAGUCCUCCUGCUGCCUUAUCAUCUCCUGAUCCCAUCGAUUCCCUCCCUACUAUCCUUUCUAGUCCCACCAAAGUGGUCAUCAAAGGUCACACGUCCCCAUCCCCUUCACUUUCUGUUGCACCAGUCCCACGAUCUCGUCGGGCUAGAAAGAUCAAACCUCCAUCUCUGGUGACGGAAGAUGAUCCCGAUGCCAACGAUAUCGAAUUUACUGGCCCCCCCACCUCUGAUAUCGACGAACAAGACGUAGAAUUGGAUGUUGAAAUGGAAGAUGAGGACGAAGACGAAGAACGGGACAGCGAAGAUGAUGGCUUGAAGGAAGAUGCUGAUAUGCCGAUUGAAGAACUUUUGAAGCGGUAUGGAUAUCCUGUGCCUUCAGAGGAGAACCCGCAUAAUGUGGCGGAGGACAUAAUACAGGUCAAUGGUGAUAGCAAACCCGAGGAAGUAUUUGAAACAAAUGGACAUAACACCUAUAACCCCCGGGACGAGCAUCAGCUUAACGGCGAGAGCCUCGUUAUGCCGGACGCGCGAGAGGAGACAGUGAACGACCAAUCAUUACUUGAUGAUCAGUUACCACCAUUACCCGUGUCCCCUCAAUUGAUUGUGGAAGGUAAAAGACAAAGAAGAGCAAGAUCCGUUUGGAGUCCGAAAGAUGAACUACCUCAACAGCUUUCGACAUCGAAAAAACCCAAGCUCGAGCUUGUGAAUCACAGAGAAGGGUAUGGAUCUGAUAUUACCUCCGACCAUGAAGAAGAAGAAGAGGAAGAAGAAGAAGAAGAAGAUUCCGAGGAAGACGACGAUGCCGAGGAUGGAGAGGGUGAAGUCGAAGAAGAUGAAAAGAUGGAAGUUGAUGACGGACCUAGAGUCAGACAACCUUUCCUCCUUAGGGGAACGUUAAGACCGUAUCAGCAAGCUGGAUUGGAAUGGCUAGCCAGUCUUUGGGAGAAUGGUAUGAAUGGUAUUCUGGCGGACGAGAUGGGUCUUGGGAAAACCAUUCAAACCAUCUCUCUUCUAGGUCACUUGGCUUGUGACAAAGGCAUUUGGGGACAACAUCUGAUCAUCGUACCAACCUCCGUCAUCUUGAAUUGGGAAAUGGAGUUCAAAAAGUUCUUUCCAGGAAUGAAAGUCUUGACUUACUACGGGAAUCAGAAAGAACGUAAAGAGAAAAGAAUAGGAUGGCACACAGAGAACGCUUGGCAGGUUUGCAUAACUUCGUACCAAAUUGUUCUAGCCGAUCAACAUAUCUUCAGAAGGAAAAGCUGGACAUAUAUGAUCCUGGACGAAGCCCAUAAUAUCAAGAAUUUCAGAUCACAACGUUGGCAGACACUUUUAGGAUUCAAAGCUCGACGGAGAUUACUCUUGACUGGAACGCCACUACAGAAUAACUUGAUGGAAUUGUGGAGUUUACUAUAUUUCCUGAUGCCAGGAGGUAUAGGUGCGGAUGCGACUGCAGUGGUUGGUUUCGCGAAUCAUAAAGAUUUUAUGGAAUGGUUUUCUAAUCCGAUGGACAAAGCAAUCGAAGCUAGUGACGCGAUGGACGAAGACACCCUUGCUGUCGUGUCAAAACUGCAUACCCUUCUUCGACCAUUCAUCUUACGUCGACUAAAAUCGGAAGUCGAAACUCAACUUCCAGGCAAAUUCGAGCACGUUGUAUAUUGUCGACUCUCGAAACGACAGCGAUUCCUGUAUGACGAAUUCAUGGCCCGAGCUUCCACUCGAGAAGCAUUGUCUAGCGGCGGAUACCUAGGCGUGAUGAACACCCUCAUGCAAUUAAGGAAAGUGUGUAAUCACCCUGAUUUAUUCGAGGUCCGACCUGUCAGAACUAGUUUUGCUAUGGAUAGUGUAGCAAGUGAUUUCGAACCCAAAGAGCUUCUCGUGCGCCGACGAUUACUUGCUGCUGAAGAAGAGAGCAAAUUCGAUAUACUGGCCUCUGGAUUAGGGAUUACUGCGAAUGAGGCAGUGUCAGGCUGGGUAUGUCGAGCUCGGAAUGAUCUCGAUGCGAGUGAAAAACUCCCACAUGCUAUUGAACCGAUCGUCACUCGUCGGGGGAAACCACCGGCUGGACCAAAGAAAGAUACCAGGACUGUAGAAGGGUGGUUGAAAUACAGUGCAUGGGCGGAAGAUCAAGCGAGUAUCCGUCGUUGGAGAUCUCUUAGAGACGUCAAUCAACGUCGGUGCUCCCUCCAACCGAUAUAUGGUUCAACCUUUCUCAACAUGCUGGGUCACACGCCGAAUUACCUCCUACCACUGGAUAUCAAUCCUAGACGAGAGGAACUUUUCGCCGAUAAUAGACCUCCAGCAAGUAACCUUGUUGUAUCUCUACCUAACAGGGCCAAAACUUUAGAACCAGUCAUCGACCUGUUCGCCGUCAUACCGCCAAAUGUGGUAGCCCGAGAUAUGCCUCAAUAUGCUCUACCGGGAUUAACACCAACUUCUCAUCCUGCAUUAUUAGAAGAAUCUUUCGACACUCUACAUCGGUCGACAGUGAAACUUCAAAUCGCCUUUCCCGAUUCCAGCUUAUUGCAAUAUGAUUGCGGUAAACUACAAACAUUGUACACAAUGUUACGAGAUCUAAAAGCCGGCGGACAUCGAGUACUCAUCUUCACUCAAAUGACAAAAGUUCUAGAUAUCCUGGAAAUCUUUCUAUCUUACAACGGUCAUAGAUAUCUGAGGUUAGAUGGAUCAACCAAAAUUGAGGAUCGACAAAUAAUAACUGAACGAUUCAAUUCCGAUCCUAGAUUCUUCGUCUUCAUAGCAUCUUCAAGAUCUGGUGGAGUAGGAAUCAACUUGACUGGAGCAGAUACAGUCUUCUUCUAUGAUUCCGAUUGGAAUCCAUCGAUGGAUAGACAGUGUAUGGAUCGAGCUCAUCGUAUUGGACAAACUCGUGAAGUUCACAUUUACAGAUUUGUCAGUUCUCACACGGUGGAAGAGAACAUGUUGAGAAAAGCUGAACAGAAGAGAUUAUUGGAUAAGAUGGUGAUACAACAAGGUAGUUUUAACAAUGACUGGUGGGGUAAAGUGGGUUGGAAAGAUAUGUUUGGUGAAGUCAACGAUACCGAAAACUCAAAUCACAACAACGGACUCGCUGAAAACGGUGUCGAAGAGGAGACAGAGGAAGCUGGAGUGAUUGACGUGGAUGUGGAAAAUACACCGAUAGCCGAAGAUGUGGCAGUAUUGAAACCUAGAGCAGGUGAAGAAAGGGAAUUAGCAAGAGUUUUAGCUGAAGUCGAAGAUGAAGAAGAUGUUCAAGCUGCUCGUAUAGCUCAAAAUGAAGGUGAACUAGAUUUCCAAGAAUUCGAUGAAAACACGAAUACAACUGCAAUUACUGGGAAUAAAAAGAAUGAACCCAAUAACAAAGCAAAAGUCACUUUUGAUCAAGAUACCAAAGCAUCAGUAACGCCAUUACCCGACAGUGAAAAUCCAGGAAAUGAGGAAGGAAAAGAUGGAGCCGAAGAGGAAGAAGAAGGAUAUGAAGAUGAUGGAAUAGGAGGUGUAGAAGAAUACAUGUUGAAUUGGGUUGAACAGGAUUGGUCUUGGUUCAUCAAUUAUAGGGCGUAA